AUGCUUGUCGGUGCGUGGUGUUCCGAUCAACGUGCUUCGGGAUCUGACAUAAUUAUAGUCGUGCUAAGGUCAAGCAGCCCACCAUGUCGACGCUGUGCAAGGGCAAAGGUGGAGGGCUGCACCCUGACUGACCCUCGAGUUUCGAGGCCAGGUUCUAGAGCGACGAGCUCCAAAACCACCCGGAAAAGCCGGGUAUCGACUUCCCUGUCCCCCAAUGUUGACGGGGAAAUGCAUGGACAAACCGUUCCUCGCCGAGCUUCUGGCAGUCCAGACCAACUGAUAUCAAUUUUGCCAUCCUCCACUUUGGUCACUGCCGUGGAGACAUAUCGCAAAAAGUUCCCCAUUGCCAAUUUCCUCCACUAUCCCUCUUUAAUAUCCGACGUAUCUUCGAAUCCGCAGUCUGUUGAACCGGUAUUCAUUGCAUCACUCCUCUCGCUGUGUACACGGUUUAUUACCGAUGAUGUUCUCGAGGAUGAGGAGGUAUACGCUGACUUUGCACGAAAGCACCUAGCCCAUCGGGUCAUGGAAGCGCCUUCGUUGUAUCUCGCUCAGUCUCUUGUCAUGAUCUCAUUUUAUGAAUGGGGCGCCGGUCGGCCGUAUCAAGCAUGGAUGUAUAGCGGCAUGGCUACAUACAUGAUCCAAUCGCUGUUGAAAAUGGCGGAUGACAGUAUGGAGAAUAAUCCGCAUGACUUUCAUGCCUCACAAACCCAAUACGAGCAGUUAGUCCGGACGUACUGGUGCUGCUUUGCGCAAGACUGUGAGCUCAGUUCUGGAGCUCGUCAGCAUUUUGCCUUGUCUUUUUCGCAGAUUUCAGUGCCAUUACCCAUCAGCGACCGCGAUUUCACGUUUAACCGAUUACCGGAGAAGAGACUAAUGCCCGCAGACAUGAAUAAGAACUGCCCAUCAGCCCGAGAUCUGACCAUCGAAAGUGGUCUGACUAUUGUCACUCGGGGAUUCGAUAUCUUUGUUCGGAUCUUGAGGUUUGCAAAUGAGCACCGCAGAGCUCUGGCUUCUAUGGGAAAUGAGGAGCCUAGCACAUCGCCUCUGCACCAAACGUGGCAAGCACUUAGCGAGCAGUUGGAUGAGUGGCGAACCUUACAGGAUGUCACAGUUCGAUACCCCGCUACCAGUGUCCAGGCUCAUGUUGCGCUCGGCUAUGGAGAACUGUUUGCAUACAUCAACUUGAUCUACUUUAUGAGCAUUCUAUUUCUACAUCGAGACCGCUUCCUGUCUAACCUCAAGCCCCAUUCCGAUGUUUUUCACGACAUGAACGACGAUGAUCAAUACGAGCCAGCGACCAUCAAAGAGCUCUUUGAAGCAGCGCAAAACAUAAGUGGAGUCCUGACGGCCCUGGAGGCUUCCGAGGCAGGCGUCAUGACCCCGUAUUCCGGUUUCAGCGUCUUCGGGGGGCUAGAAAGAGCCGAAGAGGAGAAAGCUCGUAACCUCGCAUACCUCGAGAGAUUAAGCAAAUUAUGGCCCGUUGGUCGUAACUGGUGGCGCACUGUGCAAGAGGCGAACCGCUUCUAUGAAAUCGUGAGAAAUAACCAGGCGCAUGCUGGUACCGGCAUGCACAGCCCCCGCCGAUUCACUAUUGGUGGGACACUGGAUGAAUAUGGGGAUAUUCGAUCCCGUCCUCGUGAGACGCAGACCAGCUCCGCGACGGCCGAAUCUCACAUGGGCACGUCCCAACCAAUACCGCGGCAGAUGCACGCGGCACUUCCCUGGAUGGAGAUCCUGGAUUGUUUGCCCGCGAGCACGGAGCACUUGGUGCCCAUGACUUUGAGGCAGACAUGUUCCAGUGGCCAUUCAUUGACGCAUCUUGGGCGGCUGGGUUUGAUGCUGGCAUGGAUGGACUUUGGCACAACUCUGGGCUGUUUGACCAUUCCCCUUCCUUGA